AUGUUCAACGCAACUCAAACAUCAACUGGAGGAGCAGUAAAUUUUAACCAGGCUUUAGCACACGAAGCACGUCUUAAUCGUAUUCAUCGUUUAUUUAAAACACAUUUCAAUGUGACUGAACCAUCAAUUGUACUUGAACCUUAUUUAUUUCUUGGUAAUUGUAUUUCAGCACACGAUGUUCAUCGUUUAUCAAGACUAGGUAUUCGUUAUGUUUUGAAUGUGGCAAAACGAGAUGUUGAAGUAUGUCCAUAUUAUUCCAAAGAUAUGCGUACGUUGACCAUUGAUCUUCGAGAUGAUGACCGAGAAAAUAUUGUACGUGCAUUUGAUCAAACAUUCGCAUUUAUUGAUGAAGCUAGACGUGCCAAAUCUCGUGUACUCGUACAUUGCAGUCAUGGACAAAGUCGAUCACCUGCUAUUGUCAUUGGUUAUCUUAUGCGUACAUAUAAUAUUUCAUUAGAACAAUGUCUUGUUCAUGUUGUUAAAGCUCGUCCUUGUGUUAUACCUAAUGAUGGUUUUCUAAAACAAUUGAUUCUUUUCGAUCGUUUUCUUGUCGAAAAACGUCGACACCAACAAGAAGCAGCUCUUAUGCAAGCGGUUAAAAAUGCACCAGUAACUGAAAUUCCAAUUCAACACUAUGCACCUGUUGCUUCUCAAUAUGUACAAACAUUAACUCCAACAAAAUCGAAUCCAUCGCCAUCUUCGAUUUCUAAUGUUGCUACUAUAUCGUCGGUAAAUUCAUCAAGUAUGGCAUCAUCAUCAAGCAUGAAUCUAUCGUCAACGACAAGUAUGGCUUUAUCAUCAUCAUCAAGUUUAGAUUUAUCAUCAACAUCAAGUAUGCCAUCAUCAGAAAGUACUGCUUCAGUACGGGUCAUUCCAAUUCAAGUUGCAUCCAAAGCAUCUAGUCCAGAAAAGUCUGAACCAACUUCACUUAAGCAAAUUUCAACUGAUGACGACGCUAGUGCAGAUGAAAUAAAUGUCAAUGAUGGCCCAUCAAAAGAAAAACCUAUCGCAAUUGAACAACCUUAUGUAUCAACUACAAACCGACAAAACAAAUUAACGCCACAUAAUGUAUUAGUAUUUCAGGAGCGAUCAAGUGCGGAACAGAUAAACGAGAUUCAACAAUUCUCACAUCACUUACCACGAUCUACAGUAGAUCAUCAUGAUUAUUCAUAUGGCAAUCAUCACCAUAAUCAUAAUCAUAAUCAUCAUCAUCCCGCUACUCUUACUCAAGACCAAUGGGAUUUUAUUAAUAAUAUACCUAGCAAUUAUAAAGGCACCACUGAACAUGCAAAACCGAAAUAUAUUACUGAAAUUUAUGAUCGAGCAACAAAUCGAUUUAUUCCAACGACAUGCUGUUAUUAA